AUGAUCAUGUGGAAACAUAGUCAAGGAUAAAGAAGUUAAAUGUAGUGUAAUUACAAAAUAUCAUCUUAUGGAUCAUUACUUUGUAGUAAUAUAAAAAAAGCAAGCGCGGGUGAGUUACUGGAUUAAAAAUUAACGUUGUUAUAAAAAAGUUUGCGGAGAGCACGGAACAGUGACUUAGUACAAUGUAAAGUACGUCUGGCAACUGGAAAACAAGGCUCAUUCACACGUUCAUUUUACUAGACGUCUCCAGCCUAUCCAAAAGAAGGUAGACGAUACAGGCCGACUCCAGUGCCAUCAGCACCACGCAAUCCAACUGGGGAUUUCAUUACCGUGAUUCAGGAAUUACAAAUACUACUCAUUUCAGUUCAUAAUGAUAAAGUCCUUCGUAGAGACGGCUAGGAGCAGUCCUUUUGUCAGUCCUAUACGGCACGCGCAGUGUGAGUCCCCGGAGACCACUGAGAGCGUAGAAAACACUGAGAGCUCUCCGGUGGUUACGGUUAAAGAACAAGUCUCGGCUGAGCCUGUAGAGACAUACAGUUGUGAGUAUGGAUCGCUGAAGUUCUUCGCCCUGUGUGGCUGGGGCGGCAUCCUUAGCUGCGGGACAACCCAUACAGCCCUGGUCCCUCUGGACAUGGUCAAGUGCCGGAUUCAGACAGAUCCGGCUAAAUAUGGCGGCAUCAUCAACGGAUUCAGGGUGUCCCUGAAGGCGGACGGGAUGAGGGGAUUAGCGCGUGGGUGGGCGCCGACGUUCUUCGGGUAUUCUGCUCAAGGUCUUGGGAAAUUUGGGCUGUAUGAAGUGUUCAAGUCUCUCUACUCUGGUAUACUUGGGGAGGAAAGAUCAUACGUAUGGAGGACAUCUCUCUACCUGGCUGCCAGCGCCUCUGCCGAGUUCUUUGCUGACAUAGCUCUCUGCCCUAUGGAAUCCGUGAAGGUCAGAAUUCAGACACAGCCUGGCUGGUCUACCACAUUGAGAGAGGGAUUCCCAAGGAUUAUGAAGGAGGAGGGGCUGAAUGGAUUCUAUAAAGGCUUAGUACCACUGUGGGCUCGUCAGAUUCCGUACACCAUGAUGAAAUUUGCCUGUUUUGAGAGGACGGUGGAAGCUCUGUAUAAAUAUGUAGUGCCCAAACCUCGUUCUCAAUGCAGUAAACCAGAGCAGUUGGUGGUUACAUUCAUUGCCGGCUAUAUUGCUGGUGUAUUCUGUGCCAUUGUGAGUCACCCAGCCGACACCAUCGUAUCAAAACUUAACCAAGCUAAAGGAAGCAACUUUGUGGAGGUAGCCAAGAGCCUUGGACUGCUAGGCAUGUGGAAAGGACUUUUCCCGAGGAUUAUAAUGAUAGGUACACUAACCGCAUUGCAGUGGUUCAUCUACGAUUCGGUCAAAGUCUAUUACAGGCUGCCACGCCCCCCUCCACCAGAGAUGCCAGAGAGCCUUAAAGCCAAACUUGCUGCACAAGGGAAACUUUGAUGAUUUAGGACUUAAUUAAGAAAGUUGUUUAGUGAACGAAUUUUUUCAUGAGCGUUUUACAGAAGCGUCAAAUUGGACUGUAGGGUGAGACUUAUAAGCAAAGCAAAACUUACUUAGGACUUUAAAUUUUGAAAAAUGUUUAAUGAACAGAGUUUUUAUUUGUGUGUUUUACAGAAACGUCAAAUUGUACGGUUGGGUUAGACUAAUAAGAGGCAGAGUACGUAGACAAACUUAGUAGUAACUGCUUUAUUUGAGUUAAAGUCAGAAAACAACUCAAACUGCAUUUACAAAUUCAUUGAGUUUUUAUAUGUCUACUACAUUCGAACAACUGAAGGAUUACA